CCGUACGGGGGAUGCGCGAGCGGCGGCGGCGGGGGCCGGGCCGGCCCGGUUGAUCCCGAGCGGGACUGAGGGGUCGGGGGCGGCCGCCGCCAUGCUGAGCCGCAGCUCGUUCACCAGCCUGGUGGUGGGGGUGUUCGCUGUGUACGUGGCGCACACGUGCUGGGUGAUGUACGGCAUCGUCUACACGCGGCCCUGCCCAGCGGCGGCAGAGGCGAGGGGCAGCGCGGCGGCGGGGUGCGUCUGGCCCUACCUGUCGCGGAGGCCUAAGCUGCAGUUAAGCUUGUAUACUACUACACGAUCAAGCAUUGGUGCUGAGAGUAAUAUUGAUCUGGUUUUGAACGUGGAGGAUUUUGAUAUUGAGUCCAAAUUUGAAAGGACAGUGAAUGUCUCUGUACCAAAGAAAACUCGAAAUAAUGGUACAUUAUAUGCAUAUAUAUUUCUUCAUCAUGCUGGCAUUUUACCUUGGCAUGACAGUAAGCAGGUGCAUAUAGUAAGCCCUCUGACCACAUACAUGGUCCCUAAACCAGAAGAGAUUAACUUACUCACUGGAGAAUCAGCCACGCAGCAAAUUGAAGCAGAAAAACAGACCAAUGUUCUAGAUGAACCCAUCUCUCACUGGAGGUCAAGAUUAACCUUAAAUAUAAUGGUGGAAGAUUUCGUCUUUGAUGGAUCAUCCCUCCCUGCUGACGUUCACCGUUACAUGAAGAUGGUUCAGUUGGGGAAGACAGUGCAUUACCUUCCAAUAUUAUUUAUUGAUCAGCUAAGCAACAGAGUGAAAGAUUUGAUGGUUAUAAAUCAUUCAACAACAGAGCUACCUCUUACAGUGUCAUAUGACAAAAUAUCUCUUGGAAAACUCCGGUUUUGGAUCCACAUGCAGGAUGCUGUGUACUCCCUGCAGCAGUUUGGGUUUUCAGAAAAGGAUGCAGAUGAAGUAAAAGGAAUUUUUGUUGACACUAACCUGUACUUUCUGGCUUUGACAUUCUUCGUAGCAGCAUUCCAUCUUCUGUUUGAUUUCCUUGCAUUCAAAAAUGACAUCAGUUUUUGGAAGAAAAAGAGGAGCAUGAUUGGGAUGUCUACAAAAGCAGUGCUUUGGCGGUGCUUCAGUACUGUGGUCAUAUUUCUUUUCCUUUUGGAUGAACAAACAAGUUUAUUGGUACUGAUCCCAGCAGGCAUUGGUGCAGUGAUUGAGCUGUGGAAAGUGAAGAAAGCUUUGAAAAUGACAAUCAAGUGGCAAGCCUGGAGACCCAAAAUCCAGUUUGGUACAUACAGUGACUCUGAAAAGAAAACUGAGGAGUAUGAUACCCAGGCUAUGAAAUACUUGUCAUAUUUGCUCUAUCCACUGUGUAUUGGAGGUGCAGCUUACUCCUUGCUGAAUGUCAAAUACAAAAGCUGGUACUCCUGGUUGAUAAACAGUUUUGUCAAUGGAGUGUAUGCUUUUGGAUUCCUGUUUAUGCUGCCCCAGCUGUUUGUAAACUACAAGAUGAAAUCUGUUGCACACUUACCAUGGAAGGCUUUCACUUACAAAGCGUUCAACACCUUUAUUGAUGAUAUAUUUGCUUUUAUCAUCACUAUGCCAACAUCUCAUAGGCUGGCGUGCUUUAGAGAUGAUGUCGUGUUCCUGGUCUAUCUUUACCAAAGAUGGCUUUAUCCUGUGGAUAAGAGCAGAGUGAAUGAGUAUGGAGAAUCUUAUGAAGAAAAGCCAAAAAAAAAACCUCAUAGAGAAUAACUAAGAACUGAAGAUUCUGACCCCUGGACUCUUCCUGGCUUCGUGUAUUAUCUGGUCUUCAGGAAGGAAAAACUUAUUUAAUAAAAGUAUUUUUAAAGCUUAUGACAGAACUACAUGGACAGUACAUCUUCUGUAUUGCCAAAAUCUAGUUUUGAUAUCGUCCUAUUUCAAGAUACCCUCUUUUGUCCUCACAAGGUCGACCAUCUGUCAGAUUGUCAUUAAACACAUUUCCUGCAUUUAAAAUUUUCUUUGUGGAAAACUAAGUGUCCUGACCAUUGUCAUUAAUAUUCAGAUCUAUGUUUUUCAGACAACUCACAAACUAAAAGUGUGGUGCCCAUGCCACUGGGCUAUGAAGAGUGAAUAAAACAAGAUAACGUGUUGUAGCAGAAUCGUGUAUUGUAGCCAAACUGGAGGCUGUCAAAAUGUAUAAUAUUGGAUUAUAUGUCCUAAUCACAAAUCAUUCUUGUUUGAUAAUGGAGAUAACAGAAAUUCUGAAAAUUGUAAUUAAAGUUCUAAGUGGGCAUUUAAGUUCAUAGUUUGAAGUGUUUAAGCUUCAUAGCUUAAAGUGUUGGAAAUACAGGAUGAUAUGGAUGAGGUUGUUAAAAUUCAAAUUCUUCCACAUUCUUAGCCUACAACGUGGCAGAGGGAUUCAGCUGUCUUAAACUGAAUGAAGACUUGAAGAAACUGUAACAUGAUUUCUUUCCAUAAGUGUCCAAGGUAAAUCCUUCCGGAUUGUUGGCAAACCUUAUGAUUUCUUGGCAUAACAGGUAUUUUUACAAUACAAAUCAUUAUGUGCUUGGAAAGUCUCUUAACACCUCUUAAAUUCUUAAUCAUGUGGUACCCCAGUGGCCUACUAGGCUGGUUCUCUCAUGUUUCAAAGCGUCUUUGGUCUUUCCCCUCUCCUUCCCUGCCUCAUUGUGUUUAUAAGGUGAAACACACGAUUCAGGCGGAAUGAUUUUGCUCCGAUACAGUACAGGUUCAGCAAGACUGCCUGGAUACAGAGAAAGGAAAAAACAAGAGUGGUGAAGAACAGAUACCUUCCUUUCACACAAUUUUAAAUCCCUUAAUGAACUGCUCCCAGGGAAUAUGGGUGUAUUUUGUUCUGUUUCUUUCAAAUUAGUAAAAACAAACAGGUUGAAUUACUAUACCAAAAUUUAAACUUGACAGCGGUAUCUAGAAACUAUGGUUCUAGAUUUUUAAAGUUUUAAGUUCUUUAAGUUUUAAAGUUUCUUUGUAAGUGAAAUACCGAGUGCAUUCUGUUCAGCAGCAAAUAA